UAGAGAAAAUAAAUCCGAUUUCUUCCGGGUCCUAACCCACCCCAUAUUCAAAAAAAUUCCAAGACAAGUCAAAAGUCAAACCCCCUUUUCUUGGGUUCAGGGUUUUACCCGCACUAGGGAAUCCACCGCUGCAUUCCGUUACAAUGGCGCGAUUCCCAAGAUCCGCAGUCCCGCGCCUUCUCUAUACCUUCUUCUCCAGCAAAACGAGGAGGUUUUACCCCUCGCCGACCGCCGCCCUUCUACUAGGGAAUUUUGAGGUCCGUCAAUUCUCAGCUGGCAACGUCGCGCGAGCCAAGGAUGCCAAAGAACCAUGGUGGAAAGAGUCCAUGGAACGACUCCGAAACAUCGGAAUUUCUGCUCACAUCGACUCUGGCAAGACCACUCUAACGGAGCGGAUUCUUUAUUAUACGGGCCGGAUUCACGAGAUCCACGAGGUUCGUGGCAAAGAUGGCGUCGGAGCAAAGAUGGAUUCCAUGGAUUUAGAGAGAGAGAAAGGGAUUACUAUCCAAUCUGCUGCCACGUAUUGCACCUGGAAGGAUUACCAGAUUAAUAUUAUCGAUACGCCUGGUCAUGUUGAUUUUACGAUUGAAGUGGAGAGGGCGCUGCGUGUUCUUGACGGUGCCAUUUUAGUUUUGUGUAGUGUUGGUGGUGUACAAAGUCAGUCAAUUACUGUUGAUCGACAAAUGAGAAGAUAUGAAGUUCCGAGACUCGCCUUUAUUAACAAGCUUGAUAGAAUGGGAGCUGAUCCAUGGAAAGUUCUCAACCAGGCGAGGUCUAAGCUUCGACAUCAUAGUGCAGCUGUGCAAGUCCCAAUUGGCCUUGAAGAAAACUUUCAGGGUCUUAUCGACCUUGUGCAACUAAAAGCUUAUUAUUUCCAUGGAUCCAGCGGAGAAAAAGUUGUUGCGGAAGAAAUACCAGCAGAUAUGGACGCGAUAGUUGCAGAAGAGAGACGUGAACUGAUAGAAAUGGUGUCUGAAGUAGAUGAUAAACUAGCUGAAGCUUUUCUAAAUGAUGAGCCUAUUUCAUCUGUUGAUCUUGAGGAAGCAGUUCGUAGGGCAACCAUAGCUCGAAAAUUUGUACCUGUAUUCAUGGGUAGUGCGUUCAAAAACAAGGGUGUACAACCACUUUUGGAUGGUGUUCUUAGUUACUUGCCAUGUCCAAUUGAAGUCAGUAACUAUGCUCUUGAUCAAACAAAGAAUGAAGUGAAGGUUAUGUUGCCCGGAACCCCGGAUGGACCACUUGUGGCAUUAGCUUUUAAGUUGGAGGAAGGCCGGUUUGGUCAGCUAACAUAUCUAAGAGUCUACGAGGGUGUGAUUCGAAAGGGUGAUUUUAUAGUGAACAUAAACACAGGCAAGAAGAUUAAGGUACCUCGUUUGGUUCGGAUGCAUUCUGAUGAAAUGGAGGACAUUCAAGAGGCACAUGCUGGGCAAAUAGUUGCAGUUUUUGGAGUAGACUGCGCUUCAGGUGAUACAUUUACAAAUGGAUCUGUCAAAUACACCAUGACCUCUAUGAGUGUCCCUGAACCAGUGAUGUCAUUAGCUGUUCAGCCGGUUUCAAAAGAUUCAGGAGGCCAAUUUUCAAAGGCAUUGAACCGUUUCCAGAGAGAGGAUCCUACAUUUCAUGUAGGGUUGGAUGCUGAAAGCGGGCAGACAAUCAUCUCUGGAAUGGGAGAGCUUCAUCUCGACAUAUAUGUGGAAAGGAUCCGGAGAGAAUACAAGGUUGAUGCAACUGUUGGAAAGCCUCGUGUGAAUUUCAGGGAGACUAUAACUCAACGUGCUGAAUUUGAUUAUUUACACAAGAAACAGUCUGGAGGACAGGGUCAAUAUGGUCGAGUAUGUGGGUAUGUUGAACCAAUUCCACCAGGGUCUCCAAUAAAGAUUGAAUUUGAGAACAUGAUUGUUGGACAAGCUGUACCAUCAAACUUUAUUCCUGCAAUUGAGAAGGGUUUCAAAGAAGCUGCAAAUUCGGGUUCAUUAAUUGGACAUCCAGUUGAAAAUAUAAGGAUUGUUUUGACUGAUGGUGCAUCUCAUGCAGUAGAUUCUAGUGAGCUUGCGUUUAAGUUAGCUGCUAUAUAUGCAUUCAGACAGUGUUAUAGUGCUGCAAGGCCUGUGAUACUGGAACCUAUAAUGUUGGUUGAGUUGAAAGUACCAACAGAAUUUCAGGGUACAGUAGCGGGUGAUAUCAAUAAGAGGAAAGGUGUUAUUGUUGGAAAUGACCAAGAUGGAGAUGAUUCUAUAAUUACUGUCAAUGUCCCGUUGAACAAUAUGUUUGGGUACUCAACAAUGCUUCGAUCAAUGACACAGGGAAAAGGUGAAUUCACAAUGGAAUACAAGGAGCAUUCACCGGUUUCUCAGGACGUGCAAAUGCAAUUAGUGAGCACUCACAAGGCCGAUAAAGCUGAAUAAAUAACGAGCAAGACUGCUUGAAGAUUGAAGAACUGGGUACAAGUUGUAUAAUUUGUUUUUAUUAAUUCUUGCUCUAUUUAUUGCAGCCAUAUGUUUCAUCAUCUUUUAAGUCGCAAAAAUUUUGAAAGCACAAUAAUGUGCAAACUGCCGUUUCUCGACCAUCAUAGAUGAAUGUAUCUUUUCUUAGCAGAAUAAGAUUCCAUGUAUAUUUCCAA